AAGAGUAAGGCAUGAUGGAUGCCUAUGAACCUCCAACACUGGAUGUUGUAGUCUUUGGAGGUUUGACGGUGGUAUUGGCCAUUGGGAUCUUCCUGUUCUCCUUCCUGGAGAAGGUCCUCCUUCCUUCUGAGGAAGCCUUGGCCAAGCAAGGCAAAUACAAUGAAACCGCCCAGCUGAAGAAAAAAGAGAAAAAGCAGAAAGAGGAAGCUGUAGAGAAAAAAGCAAAAGGAAAGGAAAAGGAAGAGAAACGAAACGGAAAGAUCGCAGAGCAGCACCAAAGUGCUCCAGCUGUCAGCUCCGUCACUAUCAAGAAACCAAAUGUUCUUCCAACCCAUGAGGAGCAGAAGCCUAAUGGACCUGUCAAGAAGGCAGGUGCAUCCGAGAAGAAACGCGAGCCAGCACCUGCGGACUCGGAUGGGCCCCUCUACCUGCCCUACAAGACGCUUGUGUCCACGGUCAGCAGCACGGUGUUCAGCGAGGGGGAGGCCCAGCGGCUCAUCGAGAUCCUGAGGGAGAAAGCGGGCAUCGUCCAGGACACCUGGCACACGGCCAAGCAGAAGGGUGGCCCGGUCGCUGUCCUGAAACGCCGGCUGGAGGAGAAGGAGAAGCAGCUCGCCACUGAGCAGGAGGCUGCAGCCGCUGCCAGAAACAAGAGGCGGGAGCUGAGCAAGGAGCUGGUGGCCGAGCGGGCUAAGGUGACGGCUCUGGAGGGCAAGCUGAAGGAGCAGCUGCUGGCCCGCGAGCAGGAGAUGGCAGCGGUGCAGGCACGCACGCAGGCCAUCAACCAGGACCAUGCCCAGAAAACGCAGCAGCUCCAGGACAAGAUCCGGACCCUGCAGGAGCAGCUGGAGAACAGACCCAACACGCAGCUGGCUCGCCUGCAGCAGGAGAACUCCAUGCUGAGGGAUGCCCUCUACCAGACCAGCAGCUGGAUGGAGAGCAAGCACAACCCUGAGCUGGCCAGGUUGCGGAAGGAGUACGCCAAGCUGAAGAACGAGCUGUCUGAGAAGUCAAAGGUGCUGCAGCGAAAGGAGCAGCAGAGGAAGAGCCUGGAGCUCAAAGCGUCAGCCUUGCAGAAGGAGGUGGAGCAGCUGCAGGGGGAAGAGGAAGGUUUGAAGAAAGGGACUUCAGCCUGACCAGUCUAUGAGCUAGACCUUACCGCUCCUAAAAAUAAAAACAUAUACUGACUUUACUGUAGAUAAAAGUUACAAGCCAGUAGGGACCUAAACCCUAGGUUUGAAACUAGGUUUAGUAACAUUUUUAUUAUUACAUAUUAUAUAAUAUAUUUAUUAUUGGAAAAUAAAAUUGCAGAAAACCCCAACCAGUAAACACUGCAGGCAUGUGUUUGUAAGAAAAUCUUCAUAGUGUUUUGUACAACCAACAGUUUGUUCCCCAGGGAGACGCUCCGGCCACGUCGGGGCAGGCAGAACCCACGCAUGUGUGAAAAGGGAAGACUGUGCUUGUACAUCAACUGCUGCAAUUAUUUUUUCCCUUUCUAUUAUUUCUAUUUUUUUCUUUUUAUUUUCCUUUUUUUUUGUUGGUUGGAGUGAAAGAAGUGUGAAAGUGAGAGCCACCACGGAAGGAAGCCUCUCUUUGAUGGGUGGCUCUUGGCACGUAUCCUUUUGUGUAUUUCUGGGUGUCGGUGCAAUUA